AUGAGAAAACCACCAGAUACAAGCCUGCGACAGCAAAGAUUACGAGCAUGGAACCCUAUUUUAACGCCUAGAACAGUUUUACCUAUUUUCUUUUUUCUCGGUUUUCUUUUUACGCCAUUAGGAGUUGCUUUGUUGUAUUUUUCAUCUCAAGUAAGAGAAGGUACUUUAAACCUGUUAUUAAUAGUAGAAAAGGUCCAUGAAGUAUCAGUUAAUUAUACAUAUUGUGAAAAUCUUGCUCAAAAGAGUUUUUCACAAAUCCCAGACAAAUUUGUUCAAACAGGAUUUCCAUCAACAGUGAAACCAACAAUUCAAUGGAAAAAAUAUAAAAAUAAAAAUUCAUUUUAUCCAGAAAAAGAGGAUAUUUGUGUGAUUCGUCUAGAAAUGCCUGUUGAUCUCCGCCCGCCUGUUUUUAUUUAUUAUCGAUUAACGAAUUUCUAUCAAAAUCACCGGAGGUAUGUGAAAAGUGUAAGUCGGGAUCAGUUGCUUGGAUUGCCAAAGACUGCAGAAGAGUUAUUACGUUCAGAUGAUUGCAAUCCGCUUGUUGUUGAUGAACAAGGUCGGCCAAUCUAUCCAUGUGGUUUAGUAGCAAAUUCUCUUUUUAAUGAUACAAUUGGUAUACCAACAAAAAUUGAAUCACAAGAACACAGGACGCCUUAUCCUAUGACUAAUAAGGGCAUUUCAUGGGCAUCUGAUAAAAAUAUAUAUAGAAAGACAUUAUAUCGACCAUUAGAUGUUGUACCUCCUCCUAACUGGGUACUACGGUAUCCAAAUGGAUAUAAUCAAACGAAUUUUCCAAAUAUUAAUGAAUGGGAAGAAUUUCAUGUGUGGAUGAAAACAGCGGGACUACCAACAUUUGAAAAAUUGGCUUUAAGAAAUGAUGUUGAUACAAUGAAGGCAGGAAUUUAUGAAAUUAGAAUUGGGAUGCAUUUCCCAGUAACCAAAUAUAAUGGUAAUAAAAUGAUAGUUAUCUCAACCCGCUCGGUAAUUGGAGGGCGAAACCCAUUUCUUGGCACUGCAUAUAUUUCUACUGGUGCUGUGAGUAUAGUUGUAGGAAUGCUAUUUACAAUUGGUCAUUUAAUUCGGCCAAGAAAGCUUGGCGAUCAUAGAUAUCUUUCAUGGAAUCAAACACCACCUCAAUCAGGUCAUUGA